AGGGGGCCGGGGUAAGGAGGGGGCCACGGCGUGCCCCACUCUGUUUUUUACGACACGGCUUUCUGUGUAACAUAAUUAUUGUAUUUAAUUUUGUGAAAUGUUUCGGUGUUAUUUGUGAAAAAUAGGGAAGUCGGAAACGCGAAUACGAGAUGCAGGGGUUGGUGAGCGAUAAGACGUUCCACUUGAAGUGGAACAACCACCUGCAGAACUUGAGCCAGCUGUUCACUACCAUCUACUCGUCGUCCGCACUCGCCGACGUCACGCUCUCCUGCCGGGACGGGACCCUCAAGGCACACAAACUCGUGCUUUCAGCAUGCAGUCCAUAUUUCGAACAGAUAUUCAGGGACAACCCAUGCCAACACCCAAUUGUGAUCCUCAAGGGUAUUCCAUUUUCGGAAAUCAACCUCCUGGUUGAAUUUAUGUACAAGGGCUCUGUAGAUGUUCAGGAACUAGAUCUGCAAUCCCUGAUGCAUACAGCCUCAGAGCUGGAGAUCCGUGGGUUGGCUUAUGAGGCUCGUGAUAAUGCUGCACAGAUGCUAAAUGUGAACCUAGAGUACCCAACAUAUACUCCGCCAUCGGUGACUGCACAACAAACAUUUCCACAAGCCAGAACAGAUGUAGAACGGCUAAAACAGAUCCAUAUGUAUCAACAAUCUAUGAUGCGUGCGGAAGAGAUACGCAGACGCCGCCGGGAUGAUACACCGGGCACGCACACAGCCGUCAACAACAUAUUGGCCGCCGCUGCAAGGGAGAUGGAGGAGGCGAGGCACGCGGCGCGCGGGGGGGAGAGGGUAGUCGCCAGCAUCCAAACCGAGCAUGAACAAGGGACUGGUCUAGCCACCGUCACCGCCACAUCCAUGGAUCUCAAGCGUGAGCCUGACGAUGACCGCCCCAAGAAGCGCGUGUCGAUCCUCUCCCCGGAAGACGACAAGAUGCGGAUUAAGAAGAAGCCUAUGACCGUACGCUUCCAAGAUGAUAAUAAGACUGAUGAGCGCCCCAACAAGAUCACUUCGCCGGGCCCCGUAAUCAAUGAGCCUAAAUCGGAUAUGGAAGCGAAACAUGGCGGCAUCAAGGUAGUGCAGCUCGCUGUUCUACAGAAGCCUUCCAAUAAUGAACACGAUGAUUCUGAUGAGAAAGGUAAAGGGAUGGAUGACGAGGAAGAAACCGAUUCGAGCGGUUCCCUGUCCGACUCCGCCGCCAACGACUCGCAGGAGGGACGCCCGCACGUCUGCGAUGUGUGCGAUCUCAGGUUCAGCCGCUCGUCGCAUCUGUCGCGGCACAAGCUGACGCACACGGGCGAACGGCCGUUCACUUGCGGCGGAUGCGGCCGCUCGUUUGCUCGCUCCGACAAGCUGCGCGUCCAUACCAAGAUCUGCGAAAGGCAACAUUUCCAGGAGGACCCAACUGUGGAUAUGGCGAACGAGUCGGCAGUGGGGAAACGCGAGAACAGCUCUGAAGUGAUGUCGGGCAUGGUGCGGACCACCCACCGGGAGUCAGGACACCUGGUGUUCACUCCCAGCGGCGACGUGAUGCUGCCGCCGAGAUCUUCCUCCAACGCGAUUGUGCUGAACUCCACGCUGGACCCGGUCAGGAAUGAAAUCCUCCCGGGAGACCUGACAGACCCGCCAAGGAGAGGCCGCGGAAGGCCCAGGAAGACCCCGCUGCCACUCACGCCCAAAAUAAAGAAGAAGAGGGGGCGUCCACCUAAGACUUCGCUGGAUAUGGAGGGAUGUGUGUUGACGAGUGGAUCGGUUAUGGGCCCAAGUCCCCAACAUGUGUCGCAAAUGUCAGCCGGCCAACAACAGCUGCUUCUGAAGCGUAAGCGUGGCCGCCCGCCCAAGAACUACCUGCUGCCCAGACCCGGUAUGGAUAUGUCAAUACCGAUGCAGUACGGGCUAGCCGCCGAAAUGACCAACAUUUAUGGAAGACCCAACGAAAACUACAAUGCAACAAACCUGCCCUUCGGAGAUUUCUCAUACCUCACUGAAAUGAUCUACAAUCCUCUCGCUUUCGGUUACGGAGUGACCAGCGUCGAUCCCGACCGCAAUGUUGACGCUGACCAGAGUCUCACCACGGAAACAUCCCACGACAGGACCAUAGACGUCUCCGACUCCUCUUCUGAUGAUGACGACAGCUCUCGAGUUGAACCUGAGGAGAACGUGCCUCCAGUAGCCAUGGAAACCCAGAUCAUGACCGUCGGCGACUGUCAGAUUGUGAAGCUACCACCGAACAAUGACGAUAAGGACGACAAGAUGGAGCAGGUACAGGAGACGAUUACGAUGCCCGCUUCGACUCCCAGUUCGGUCACCAUCACACCUAUAACGACAGUCGGCGACUGUACCAUAAGACCGGUGGAGAACACAUAAUAUGGCCUAUACAUUGUCUACCCUUUGUCAAGGAAACGCAACUGAGUAUUUCGUGGUUCUUGAGGUGAGCGCAGAUUGAAACGACUUUUUUCGUUUAAAAAUGAAAUAUUAAACCAAAAUAUUUUAGUAUAUAUAUGCAAUGAGAAUACUGUACAAUCAGCAUAAAAAGCUGAACACAUUUCACCAAUUUCGGGCCUUAUUGCAGUGUAGGGUUUAUAAGUGUUCAAUGACUUCUCUGACUGUACCUGUCCUAGGAAAUGUAUAUACUCUUAGGUGCAAGACGGCAGUUGAACGGUCUAAAUGUAGACAACUGCUGGAUGCAGAAUUUUUCUCAUAAAAGGAUGAAUGAAAUGAUGCGUUCUCCCAAAUGGAGGGUAGAUAUAUAAACGUAGUAAUUAAAGUAUUAUUGUGGUAGCAUUCACGUGAUAUUUGCGUGCGGUGAUUGAUGACUCCAUUACUCGCAAGUAUAAUUAAUUUAUAUUAUGUACAAGGUGUAAUAGAAAGGGUAUAAUAAACGGAAAUUUAGCGGCAGUAUUCAUUAAACUGAACUCUUUUAAUAAAGGGGUAUUUUCAGGGCGCGAUUUGUAUGAAGGAUUAUGCUGUAUAUUACCUAUUGACUGUUCCUUGUGAAAAGUAUGGAGGUAUGAUACACUAAAGUGUUAGAGAUAACAUUGUAAUUGUAUACAUUCGCGAGGAAUGACAAUUUGUUGCAUUUGCCAACAUUGCAUGAACCGUGCGAUACUUAAAACAUGCAGAUAAAUCUGUUUUUUAAAGACAUUGCUAAUUGCCUAGAAAUUGAGUGAAUUACGGCGAUUAUGCUACAACUGAUCUCGCUACCGUAUUUCUGCAAAUAUGUACUUUAGUACGUAAUACUUCAAGGGUGAAACCUGGUAAAUUUGAAUACUGUUGCUAGAUUACCAGUUGUUAAACUCCUUCUGUUACAGCCUGUAUAAAUGAUUACUAUGAUUAUAUUCGAGCCUUCUCAUAGGCAGACUAAUAAUUAUUUAAUAUAAAUUCUUCAAAGUGCUAUUGCGUUGCGACGGCUAUAUAUAAUCAACAUUUUAUAUAUAAAUUAAAUCAUGUCGAAUAUAUUAUUAAUUUUAAUCUGUAUCGAAAUAUCUAUAUAAUAAUAAAAUAAGGUAUUCCGCGCAUUGGACUUAUAGUGUCUUAAAUGUAUCGCGUAUAAUUAGUAAGGUAUAAUCGAUUGUGUAAUGCUACUACAAUGAGUGAAAACUUCGAUCGCUUUAAUAAUAUAACAUUUGAGGAUAAUUCAAGUGACUGUCGAGAUAUGCAUUUAAUUGGUGGUGAUUAAUUAAUCGGUGAAUUACGUAAACAUAACGCCAUAAACUUUUUUUAAUCAAACAGUGAUACUCAAUGUAAUCAUCCAUAACCGAACAAAUCGAUUCGUCACAAUUUACGACGAUGUUUUACAUGAAAUAUAUAAUUAUACACAGAUAAUAUAUAUUUUAAACGAUCAUACAUUAUUUUAUAGUCAUAAGAUACAUCACAAGACAGCGUACUUUUACAACGUGCAAUUAUAUAAUGCAUUAUGAAGAAUAGAGACUGCUUAUUAGUACACGAAGUAAUGUCAUAUGAAAUUAAACUAUAUACACAUAGAUAUUAUGAAUUCUAAUUAAAUGCAUUACAAGAUACUUUUUGAAACUUCAUGUAGAACAUCGUAUUAUAUAGAUGAUAACUUAUAGAUGUGUAAUAUUUUGCGAAUAUCUACACUACAUAGAGGCAGCAUAUUUACGACAAUGUUUUAAUGGUGAAACUAUUUUAGGUACGCAGUGUUUAUAUUGUAAUGUGCACUUCGAGGUUGCCUUCAGUGUUAAUAUCGUUUAACGCUUGUCAAUAAUUUUUUUGUCGGUUUCUCUCUCCACAAUCUUGGAUCUGAUAUUUUAGUACUGAGAGACAAGUACUGAACUGUACGUUGAGGUGUAUUGUCCUAUCGAACUCAACAUCUCAUUGGCUGUCUAUAUUUAAUUUGUAAGGUACGUUUAAUUUAUAGUGCGUAUGAGGUCGACGUGUAGUGGAAGCACACGCUAUUUCGCCUUUCCAUGUUCUUAUCUGUAUCAAUCUCUGUGAAUACUAGUAAGUAGAAAGUAGUGUCUUAGAUAAAACUUAAUAUUCUAAAUAUUAAAACUCGGCAACACCACACGAAUAAGUGAUACGACGUAAGUUACAUAUUUUAGCAGAUACAUAAAUAUUGUAUGGACAUAAUGUGUAUUAACAUAUAUAUUUCUUUAAUCGUUUUGCCUGUAAAAGCAAUGAAUAACGUAUCGUAGUCUUAUAUGAUAUAAUAAUUAUAUAUAAUAAUAAUAAUAUGCAAUAUAAUGUAAACCCCACGGUCAGACAGCUAGUAGCCAUUCGAGGAGGCUGUGAAACAGCCAAGUUGGCAGGUUCUUUGUUAUAUUUUUGUAGAUCAAAAGCCCUUAGUUCCUCACUCGAUGUAUUCAAAAAUCUGUAUGUGUCAAGUGACGUUCAUUUCUCUUUGGCUAUUGUGUUCCGCUUUAGUGAUGUUAACGUCUGGAAAGUAUUAAACAGUCUUGACAUAAUUUCUUUAUAUAAUCUGUACAGUAGAAUAGUUCCUAACUUGUAAUCGAUACAAAAUUAUAAUCCUUCAAAUACUAGAGUAGAGGAGACGUAAUUUAAUUUCCUUUUAAUCGUUUAGCGUUAAGUUUUAAUUUUACAUACGAUCAAAUUAAAUUUAGUGGUUCACUAUUAGUGGUAUAGUUUCGAAUCGGUUUUAAAAUUAAUUUUCGUUCACGGAUAUUUUCGUGUUUUGAUAGAAGACUGCUCGGAUCCGUUUUCUAUUAUGUGCGAUUUGAUUUUCGAGUUAACGUAUGGGUGGUGUGAGCCCUGUAGAGGCAAUAGAUGUUCACGAGUGUCAGACGGCAAGCUAAGCUUAUUGAGAAAUUAAUUUAAUAUAGGAAUCUGUAUUUUUAUAAUGGAAAUAUUACACGAUCAGUUACUCCCUAUAAUCUAAUCGUAUUUAUAAUACCUGGCAUAGUGUUAGACGUCUGAACUUAGUUAUGUUUUAUAUGGUAAAGCCCUAUUGGCUCUGUGUUGUCGUUAAGUUUAUGUGUACCCUUAGUUUCCCGGUCCACGAGGCAACGGUCCGCAAAUAAAUCGUCAAAGUAUCUCUUUUACUCUUACGUGAACCGAUAAAGACGACACUUAUUUUAGUCAUGUUCAAUUUUAGUAAAAAAAAAGCAGAUGCAAACGUGUUGUUAUCAUGGCAACUCAGAAACCGUGAGAGUGUGUGUUGACUCGUGGAUCUGUCUUACAAUUUGGCAAUAUGAUGGAAGUUGGGUUAUUUAUAGGGAUGUUUGGAGAAUGAUCGCCGAAAUAUUGCAUUUAUAUUUAAAUUUUGAUUGGUGUGUCAGUAUGGUGCUGCGGUGCAAUGAGAGAUACAUAAAUUACAUAAACCUGUAGUAGUGUUGUGAUCAGAGAUAAUUGUUUUAAUCGGUAAUUUCAAUACUUAUUAAACAAUCAAAUAAAUUUUAUAAAAGUACUGUGUGGGAAUAUUUUCUGCAUCUCGGCCAUAUAACUUUGUUAUUUUUAGAUUAAAAGUGACAGUAUAACGAUUAUGUAAUGUCAUUUGACAGUUGCUGUUACGAACCCAGCUAUACACAUUGUACUGAGACUGUCAAAUGACAAUAAUAUUCAUAACCUCGCACAACUUAUAAGCACGACUUUUUCAAGUGCUUUCAAGAAUUCGUUCAAGUUAAUAUAGCGCUGUCUUUAUUUGGUUCGUUGGACGUUUGACAUCUACGGCUUUCGUUCGAUUGGCGCAUUUGGUUGCUUAGCCACGCCCUCUUUGGAUAUGCGCCAAUCGGAACGAGAG